AAAAAACAAAUUUAUUAAGAAAAAAAAACAGAACAACAAAAUUCUUUUUUUUUUAAUUUAGAUUUUUUUAACACUAUUUAAGGUUAAAAAAUUAAAAGAGUUGCUUGAAGAACGACACCGUUCUGAAUCCAGAUUUUGAAAUAAAGGAGAAGCGUCAAAUUAUAAAUUCCUUGCUUGAGAGAGAGAGAAGUGUGAUAAUUUGAAAUAAAUACAAAAAUCGAGUUGCCGCCAUUUCUCUCCUUCAAAACCCCCACGCCACAAGCCGAGAAGAGAAGAGAAGAGAAGAGAAGAAACGUUUCGAGCCAGAACUCUUUCAGGUUCAGAUGAGUGGAUAAUAUUUGGAUAAAAGUCUCAUAGUGAAGGUGAAAAUGAGAUGCAAUUCAUGCUGGCGAGAGUUGGAAGGGCGUGCUGUUUCUACUACUUGUGGUCACCUCUUAUGCACUGAAGAUGCAAACAAGAUCCUUAAUAAUGAUGCGGCCUGUCCAAUCUGUGAUCAAGUGCUCUCUAAGAGCCUUAUGAAACCUGUGGAGAUCAAUCCAAAUGAUGAGUGGAUAAAUAUGGCCAUGGCUGGAAUAUCUCCACAGAUAUUGAUGAAAAGUGCAUACAGAAGCGUGAUGUUUUUUACUGGGCAAAGGGAACUUGAGAUGCAAUACAAGAUGAAUAGAAUUGUAGCUCAGUGCCGGCAAAAAUGUGAGUCCAUGCAAGAAAAGUUCACGGAAAAACUCGAGCAGCUGCAUGCUGCAUAUCAGAAAAUGGCCAAAAGGUGCCAGAUGAUGGAACAAGAGAUUGAGAGCUUGUCAAAGGAUAAACAAGAGCUCCAGGAGAAAUUUUCUGAGAAAGCCAGGCAGAAGAGGAAACUUGAUGAAAUGUAUGAUCAGUUGAGGAGCGAGUACGAGUCAAAUAAAAGAUCAGCCAUCCAACCAGCAAACAAUUUCUUUUCAAGAAAUGAGCCUGAUUUGUUCUCAAACCCUGCAGCUACCAUGAUGGAUAACAGAGACCCUAUCCGUAAAGAUUGGACGGUUUUCACUCCAUCAACUCCAGGGCCUCGGGAGGAUAUAUGGCCGGCAAGACAAAACAGCUCGAAUUCUGGUCCCUUUGAAAUCCGUGGUGGCUCACCAGCAAACCAAGCAGCCAUGCCAGUUGAUGUUGGAAAUAGAAGAAUUGGCUCUGUUCCUUCCUUUGGAGCUGGCUCUGGCAACCCCUCAAUGACGCUAAGGAACUUGAUACUUUCCCCGAUAAAGCGCCCUCAACUUUCACGUAGCCGCCCUCAGAUGUUCACGCUGUAGGCUACAAGGCAAGGCGUGCAACUUACAUGCACUCGCCGGACUGCUUGGUUUCAGUACAGUCCUGAGAAGCUUUUCCUGUCUUCUCUUUCCUUUUCCUGUCUUCCAAAAAACAAAGAAAAAAAAAAGGGAAGGAGAAGAAUGAUGACGUGGCACAAACAAGAGACUGUAAUCCUGAUAUCAUGCAAGUGUAGAUUUUGGCUUCCAUAACAACAGAUACAUGGAAAUAGCUAUUAUACUGUUGGAUUUCUUGAUUGAUAUAAUUAAAAAGGGUACAUAGAAGAUGUCAAAGCGUUGGCUUAAAGGGGCACACGUGUUUGAACCUCAGCAACUCUUGAUGCUCUUACGUUGGUCUUGUAACAGUAGCAUCCUCUGCUUUCUCUGAUCAGUUUAACAGAGGAUUCAAGUUCUACUAGGAAAUACUGAAAUGAUAUUAGCAUUUUCCUCUUGGGUCUGGAUUUCUCGAUCCAAUUGCUACUUUUGUGCCUGUGUGCUAUGAAAGAACGGCUGGACCUUUUACGCA